CAGUCCAGCAGGUUUAUCUGAAAUCACAAGCUUUCUGGCAGGUGACUUCUGACUUUGCACAGAUUGUGAAACUGGGAGCUAUUUUGUAACAGGGUUGUAGGGGCCAAUUAGGAGCCUCAGCUCCAACACAUGGAUUCUUCUAAAUAUUUAUGUAACUUCUGGUUUAUAAAGAGCCGGAAUCCACAAAUAAGAGGAGUGGAAGGCAGGGCGCUUUCUUGGCGUAAAUGGAGCCGGUCCCGGGGCGUAUGCUGAGCUGCCCGCUCUGCUGCCGCCAACUCCGGGAGCCGGUCACUGCCGCCUGCGGGCACUCGCUGUGCCGCCGGUGUGAGAGACGGAGCCGGGGCUGCCCGGUUUGCCUGGAGCCGCUGGGGGACGGGCUGCAAGGGACCCGGGUGAACGUGCUGGCCAGCGGGCUGCUGCACAAGUGGUUCCCCGAGGAGGGGCAGCCGAGUCCGGUCACUGAGUCCGGUGAAAGACCGAUCUCACAGUCCCAGCAGAAUUUGUCACUGGCGGCUACAGAUUGUUUGCAGAAAGAACAAGCGACUUUAACGCAGGAUGAUUCCAGUGAGAAGUAUCUGAUAUUUCAACCAAUGGCAAGGCAGGCAACAAACGAGCUUUCUGAAGAAAGCACACACAUCUCAGGUUCUGAUGAGGAUAAUGUCCCAUAUUCCUUCCACUGCCUUCAGUCUGUGCCUCCCGGUCUCCUCAACAUCUCAGACUUUGAGUGCUCAGUCUGUGCAAGGUUAUUGUUUGAGCCAGUCACCACCCCUUGUGGUCAUACCUUCUGCAAGAAAUGUGUUGAGCGAUGUUUGGAUUACAGACCGUGCUGCCCUCUGUGCAAGGAGGAUCUGAGAAAGUUCCUGCAGCAGAGGCAGUAUCGGGUCACCCAGCUCCUUGACUCUCUCAUCACUAUGUACUUCCCCGCGGAAUUCACGGAGAGGAAACGGCUAAGUGAAAUCGAGAUUGCGGAACUGUCCAAUUUGACGAAUGAUAUUCCAAUUUUUGUCUGCACGAUGGCAUUCCCGGGAAUCUCCUGCCGAUUGCACAUCUUUGAGCCCCGCUACCGACUGAUGAUGCGACGAUGCCUGGAGACAGGGACUAAAACAUUUGGGAUGUGCAUAUAUGAUCGUGGAAAAAUUUUUGCAGAUUAUGGCUGUAUGCUAAAGAUUGAAGAAAGUGAAAGUCUCCCAGAUGGUCGCUCUCUGGUCAACACUGUUGGAGGACGUCGCUUUAAGGUGUUGAGAAGAGGUGAUAGAGAUGGGUAUAACACAGCUGAUGUCGAAUACUUGGAGGACAAGCGAGUUGACGGGAUCCAACUGACUGACCUCUGCAUCUUGCACAGUCGUGUCUAUGAACAGGCUCGGAACUGGUUUGACCAGCUGCCGAGCAUUCUCCAGGGACAGAUACGCAGUGAGCAUGGGCCCAUUCCAGACAGGGAAGAAAAUGUACAGGCCUCUCCAGAUGGUCCUCGAUGGUGCUGGUGGGUCCUAGCUGUUCUACCGAUGGAGCCUGGUCUUCAAAUGAUGCUGCUCUCAUCUACAUCAUUGCAACACCGCCUGAUGCACCUCCAGCGGGCCCUGCAUUAUUUAGUGCAGAAUCAGAUCAUGUAAUUGACUCCAGGUUUUUGCUUCGAAGUACCAGGGAGAUGGUAACGUCUCCUUACUAUCUACUCACUCUAACCCAAAACCCCGGAGAGAUUCCAACAGGGCAGGAGGCGGGCAUUUGUCUUUUGAACAUUUUGAGACUGCAAUCUUUGCUUGUUCCAUAAUUGGAUGGGUUCUGAAUUAUCAAAACCCCUUUGAUUUGGAAAGAAAAGCAAUGGGUAACAGCGGAGGCCUGUGGAUGGCAGGACAUUUGGAUUUAAAUGUUAUUUAGUCACUACACUGAAACAGUUGAGUUUAUUUGUUGUUCAUCCACGAGCAGUGGGCUUUGCUGACUCUGCCACUAUUUAUUGACUGUUCCUACUUGCCUUUGAGGUGGUGAUGGUGAGCUGCCUUCGUGAACUUCUGCAAUCCUUUGGUGUGGGUAAACUUACAAUACUGUGAAGAAGGGAAUUCCAGGACUUUGACUGAAUGGUGCUGAAGCAAGGGAUGGUUUAAGAUGGGCUGGAAAGAUGUUUGGAGUUCAGGCAAGGAGCAAUUUGAUCGCAACAGGAUGAAGAUGUAGAGGCUACUACAUUCUCUGUCGGAUCAGUAAGCUGAAGGCCUCCCAAACACCUUACAGCUUUGGCUGGUGGACCAGGCUGGGGAAUGAGAACUCCCAAUCUCCAGUAGACAGUGUCCACAGGAUGGUGCUGCUUUGAAAUCCUGGCAACUGGCCAAGGCCAGUAGCAAGGAGAAAGAACAUUUUCUGACAGGGUGACACAAGUGCAUGUGUCUCCCAGGUGAAUGGCCAGAUGCUGCUGUUGAACAGUGAGGAGUUCUAUCAUUUUCCAUAACUUGAUCUAUUUUAUCAGCAAUUGACAUCUCAGUACUCUUAUGUGACAAUUACCUCUCCCUCUUUGGCAGCUUCCCUGUUUAAUUAUUGAGAUUCAUGAAUUUUAUAAAUUCUUAUAAGGUUAUGGAAAGUACAGAUGGGGCUGCUGAGACUCACAAACAUUUUCCAGCUGAGAUUCUGUGUAUGGCUACAGCUCCUGCGUUUAACACUGUUGUGCAAUUUGAAGGCUGAAGUCACUAAGAAUUUGUUAGCUUUUCACCACAGUUGGAGUCCCAUGCAGAAAUAGCGACCUUUAUAGAAAAUGACUGACCUUGGUUAUUAAAUGAAUUCGCUAUCGCACUGUGGCUAACCACAACUGAGCUGUAUCACUUCCUCAAUAGGCUGCUGAUAGUGGGAGCAAGGAACUCCGCUAUUGCAGUAAGUGAGACACAAUCAAAGCACCAGUUCCUGCUCCAUUUGAGAGGUUGUGGCAAACAGAAGAGAUGGUUGAAGGAUAGGAAGUGAGUGAGAGAGAGAGAGAGAGAGCGAGAAAGAGAAGGAGCAAACUGGAACACUUGCACAUGGGCCAAGCAAAGGAAUGGUUGCCUGAGCAUCUCUUGAGAUAUGAAGAGAAAUUUUGUUGUGCAGUGGAUAGAGCUCCUGCUUUGAGUGCCUUGACUGGACAAGACUGCCACAGUGGGUUCAUAAUGUGGCCAAACAGAUUGAUUAUCAACCUGCAAAUCAUGUCGAUGCACCAAUUUCAUGGGGUAACAAUGGGAGAGACCAUGUGGCCAGCCAUGCUUCAUGUGAAGUGGUGCGAUAGGGUUAACCCUAACCCUAACUCUAUCACAGGUGCCCCAAAGUAAGACUUGUAUGUUGAACCUAAUCUCAAAAUCCAGGCUAAGGGAACAGAUGUAAGUGUGUGCUUCAUGCAUCACCAAGAAAGCUUCUAUAUUUGCAAUUAAGACAGAAGUUCAAAUAUCAUUUAUGAACAUUUUGAUUUUGAGCCAAACCCAGUUGAAAUGCACCUUAAUAUAGACGGCAACUUGCUGGCUCUGUCCCUUGGCUCCAUGGAACUCACUGCCCAUGAAGGCAGUGGAAGCGGAAAUAAUCCAUCAUUUCAAAAGGUGAUUGGAUAGACAUUUGAAGCAAGUAAAUCUAUGGAGGAGGGGGGUAGUGGUGAAAGGGAAUGGGAUUGACUAGAUCAUUCCAUAGAGGGCCAGCGUAGAAUGUAUGGCCUCUUUCUGUGCUGGAAAUGAUUGUGAUUCUACAUGUUUGCUGUGUCAGGGGCUGAGUGAAAGUUCGAUACAGUAUUGUGCCUACAGCACAGAAAGACCAUUCUACUGAGGUCCAUGCUGAUAUUUAUGUUUCAGAUGAACCUGUUCCCACUCCUUUGCUCAGCACAGGUUUCUAUUUAAUAAAGUGUGAAGCUGGAUGAACACAGCAGGCCAAGCAGCAUCUCAGGAGCAUAAAAGCUGACAUUUCGGGCCUAGACCCUUCAUCAGAGAAGGCCUGCUGUGUUCAUCCAGCCUCACACUUUAUUAUCUUGGAUUCUCCAGCAUCUGCAGUUCCCAUUAUCUCUGAUAGGUUUCUAUUUCUUUUGCCCUUUGUACGUAUCCAUACUGCUGUCAAAUAUGUGUAGAAUUCCAAACUUUAAUAACUCUGGGAAAAGUUUUGGAUUUUCCUGUUGGAUUUCAUAAUUGGCUUUAAUAUGUCCAUGAUCUGGUUUCCCUCCACAAAUGGAUACAUUUUCUCUACAACUUAGUCCAGUGCAAACUUAAUUAGAACUUUUGCUUUUCAGCUCAGUUUCUUUAAAACUGAAAGCGUUUGAUUUAUUGUUUUUGGCCUUGUUAGUUUGCAUUGUUACUGUUAAUGGUUUGCAUACAUACCUCCAAGUUCAUUCUUUCUCUUUCCUUUUGACUUUCAACACUCGAAUAAAAAUGUAUCCUAUAUCCUGCCUUCCAGAUGUACCACUUCAUACUGUUAUUUAUCUACAUCGAUAUUCACUUGUGAAUUAAAUGCUCAUACUUCAAGUUA